UCCUUGUACUGAUGACGGAGACGCCGAAGAUGUUGUAGCCGCAACUUGUUAACGUUUCGUCAUUUUUUAAAGAUAUAGCUUUAUAGAUUAGCGUAUGUUUACAGAUGCGUAGCUCGUAUUACAAACCGCAAAAUGGCUCAAACUGCUCGUACACCAAACUGAAAGCUUCAUCUCAGACUAAACCAGCCUUCGCCGGCUCAGCGAUGCCUCAGAAGCUCCAGAAGAACUCUCAGACCGCUCACUACAUUGAACUGGGAGGCUAUCAGUACUGGCCGGUGCUGGUUCCCCGAGGAAUCAGACUGUACACCUACGAACAGGUCCCAGUGUUCCUGAGGGAGAACCCCUACAUCACCGAUGGAUACCGAGCCUACCUGCCCUCCAGGCUUUGCAUCAAGAGCCUCUUCAUCCUGUCCAAUGAGACGGUGAACAUCUGGAGCCACCUGCUCGGCUUCCUGCUCUUCUUCUGCCUCGGCGUCUACAACAUGGCGUCGGUGCUGCCGGCCGUCGGCGCCUCCAAAGAGGACUACGUCAUCUACUCCAUCGGGCUCUUCUGCUUCCAGCUGUGCAUGCUCUGCUCGGUGGGUUACCACUUAUUCUGCUGCCAUCGCUCAGAGAAAACCAGCCGCCGCUGGAUGGCGCUGGACUACGCCGGCGUUUCCAUCGGCAUCCUGGGCUGCUACGUCCCCGGAGUCUUCUACACCUUCUACUGCAACAACUACUGGCGGCAGGUCUACCUGGUGACGGUCCUCGCCAUGAUCCUGGCCGUCUUCUUCGCCCAGAUCCACCCCCAUUACCUCAGCAAACAGUGGAAGCAGCUGCGCUCGCUCAUCUUCUGCUCGGUGGCCGGAUAUGGCCUCGUUCCCACCGUCCACUGGAUCUGCAUCACCGGAGGCUUCUCCUCUGAGCUCGUACAGGCGUUUGUUCCUCGAGUUCUGGGGAUGUACUUCAUCGCAGCUUUAGCUCUCAUUUUCUACGUCUCAAAAGUCCCUGAACGCUACUUCCCAGGUCAGCUGAACUACCUGGGCUCCAGCCACCAGGUGUGGCAUCUUCUGCUGGUCCUCAUGUUCUACUGGUGGCACCAGACGUCAGGAUUCCUCAUGGCCUACAGACACAGUCAGCCCUGUCCUGAAGCUCCACAGCACUCCUAGAAUCUGUAGGCACCUGUCGACUGCAGCAUUUUCGAGCUCGGCGGAGAAAUCAAGGACAAACUUUAAGUUCAUCUGAUGUCCCAGAUGGACGUUUUCUUCCCUGAUGAGGAUGAAACCGACACUAGAGGUGACGAAUGAAUAUUUAGGAUAAAACAGGACCUUUUAAAGUGUUAGUAGGAAAACUUUCACCAACAACGAAGCUUCGAAUUUACAGAAAAACUGUAGAAACUGCAGUCAGAGCUGCAAGACUCCGACUAUCAGGGCUGGUUGGGUUCUUUAGUCUUGUAGCAUUUCUGGUCUUUUUUAUGAAUCUUUCUGUAAGUGCCUGUAUAAAAAACAUGUAGCUGUAGUUAACUUGUACAGUUUGGCCUCUAGGAUUAAACUUUUCAGCUGUUUAACUUAUUUUUACAGCCAGUGUUUUGUAUAUUCUCCCCCUUCAAUCUAUUUUGAAUGUAGUUCAACUUUAAAAAGACUAAAUUGGGCCUUAAAGCUUCCAUCAGUAAUGAUACAAAACGUCCUGAAAAGGUAAAAUUUAGUGUUUAAAGUGGAUGUGAGUAAACAGAUUUAACUCCACUUUAAUCAUUUCUGAUGGAUUCAGAAUCAGGUUAUUGGAUCCUCAUGGUGAAUCUUCGAGGUUCAUCGUAACGAAAACAAGCAAAAAAAACAACCAAAGACAGUCGUGGAACCCAGUUUUCUACAUUUAGGUUUUCUGUUUUGUCAUUUUCUGCUGAGCGACGUGAACAAAAGACGCUUUUAGUCCCAGUUUGGUGAAACGUACUCAAAUCUAGUGCAGGAACUAUAAAAACUUCAUGUAUUUAAACCAGGGUUGGGCAACAAAAACAGCUUCUGAAGUAAAUAUGAAGAAAAUUUUAUUCUGCUGAUCAGUUCCAGAACUAAUUUCACUCGUUCUAGUUUCAGAUAAACCAUAUCUUACUUUUCUUUAUGUCUCCUGAUGCAUUUGUCUUAAUAAAUCACGAUUUAAUUAGCAGAUAAACAGUAAAAAAAAUGUGUGUUUAUCUCGUAAUAAUCACCGUAAUUUAGCAAAAGCUGCUAUGAAACGCUUUGGACUGUCGUUACAAGUAGAAAACAUGAAACUGUGGCCGCUACAUUUGCUUAUUCUAGCCGCUAACAUUUAUCAAUGCUAUGUUGCAUUUAAAAAUGUGAAGAUUGUAGGAAGAUAUCGUAAUCGCAUGACAGAAAUCUCGACUGUCACGACACAGAUUUUCAGUAUUUAUUCUGCUUUUUGAGGCUCGUGGACGAUUAAAGCCUCUAUAGAACACUUUCUGCAGUCGAACUUGUUGAAAAACACAUUAAAAUGUAUGACAUCAAGCAUUUCUGUAUCUUGCAGGGUUUCAAACUAACUUUUUCCACUGUUAGCACUGAUUAAGUUGCCCCUUAGCGUUGUAUUAAUUCACAUACUUUGCCCUGAUGACUUCAGACUCGAAAUUUUCUAAAUAUUUUAAUCAGAAACUAUAUGAUUUUCCCCUCAGAUUGUGUUAUAUUAGUGCUGUAAACUGUCCACAGGCUUAACUGAUUUACUGAUGUCCAAAUGUCUCACGUCUUUUACUUUCAAAUUACUUCAAAAACAGCAAAAUAAGACUUUUUGUUGAGGGAUUUUACUGGAACUGAUGAGCAGAAUGAUUAGAAACCAACCAUAUCCAGCUCUAGUGAAUGUUUUUGCUGCUUCGUCUGUGUUCAAACUGACCUUUCCUGUAAAUCAGAGCUGCACAUCUAAGUGUUCAUGACUGUUUCUAUUAUCUGUUACUGACCGACAGCACUCAUUGUUUCUGAACUUUAGAUUGUUUUAAGGCACCGAUUCCUAAUCACAGAUUUCUGACUACAUCUUUUACUUUAUUACAGAAAAUCCAUUGAAAAACAAUCAACUUUAUCUAGAAGUGGGUUUUUGAAAGGUCCACUGCACUGGUUGAAACAUUUUGUGCAGUUCUGAUCACUUUAACUACCAGUGUUUGAUACUUCUGUUGCUGAAUUAGAUAAAACUACACCAGACUUUGGAGACUCUUCUGUCUGUAAACUCAGUGUUUUUAGCUCGUUUAGGGUCAUGUGCAAUGUUCAAGGGUCGUUGUUUUAAUAGUUUACCUGUGUAGAUUCUCAGUCGGACAGGUUU